AUGCUCUACUCAAAGCUUUUCGUUGCCGCCCUCAACGGCAUCAGCUGCGUCGCGGCUAUGCCCGCUGAGCAGCCUGCCGAGCUGGCCAAGGCAGAGGCGUUUCCCCGUGGCGAAUGCCGCGAUGAACGCGACGAACUUUACUGCGGCCGCAGUGUCAAGGAGUUUACUCGCUACGAUGCGAAGAACAGGCUCUGCUUCGCGAAUGACGGAGGCAACAGGCUCUUCUGCGCAAUUCGUGAGCAACAGGAGCUGGCUAUCGAGCUGGCUCGCGAAUUCGACAGAAUCACACGAUGCGAGAUCGAUCAGUACUAUGGCUACAGAGAGCGCCGCUGCGAAUGCUACCGCCGCGAAUGCCGCGAUGGCGAUCGUGAUGGCGACAGACGCGGCGGCCGUGAUGGUGAACGCGAUGGUGACCGAGGCCGUGGUGGUCGUGAUGGUGACCGUGGCCGCGAUGACCACGACCCCAAUUGCAAGGGCGAUGACCUUGCUUUCUGCGCGGCUAGUGAGGACUUGAUCAUUACCUAUGAGCGUGGCGCCGAGAUUUGCGACAGAAACCGUGGCAACUACGUCUUCUGCGCCAACCGGGAGCGCGGUGCUGCCCGCGACAAGGCCAGAGAUCACUUCCGCGACCGCAACAAGAAGCAGGCCUAG